AUGUCCAUAGUCCAGGGCAACGGAGGGGUUUCCCCUGGGGCUGUGUUAUCCCUCCUGCUGGGUAGGUUUACAAGGGGGUUACCAAAGGGCUACCGGGGGUUGAAUGAGUGGCUGAAGGAACUGCAGACAGUGGGUCUCAAGCCUAUCACCACGGUGGUGGGGGGGCCCAUGGAGGAGCCUGGUGGCAUCCAGGAGCUCUUCGACAUCCAGGAGGGUGGUGAGGGCCGGAUUCUCAACACUGAAAAGCUGCAGCACGUUCCCAAGCUGGUGACCACCUAUGAUCAGCUAGAAGAUGGUGCGAUCUACACUGUGGGGGCCAACAAUAGCGAUGUCAUCAGGCAAAUGAGGCAGCAGGUUGGACACAUGCUGCAGGCCUGCAAGGACCAGCUUGGGUGUGCAAUGCUAUCGUAUGCGGAUGCCAGCAAGCCUGGUGUAUGUCGCCUGCGCCCCGACUUGCGUGUGCUGAAGGGUCCGAAAGGCAUCGAUUCGAUGGAGUUGGAUGCGGUGGUAACAUGUGAUGAUACCGCAUACAUUGCUUCUCACAAGCUGCGUAUUACUGGCCCAAAGCCGGUCAAGGCCAUUGCAGAGACAGUGAAGCUGGUGGCGCAGCGGAGCCAGGACCCGUCCUACAGUGGCACUACUUACGCUAAGUUCCGUCAGUUUCCCAACUUGGUGGCAGUGCUUGGUGCUGAGAAGGUGGAAAGCAAAUCAGAAGAGCUCAUUUCCAAGGCAUGUUUUGAGAACAAGGUGCCAAUAACAAAGGGAGCCUGCGAGGCGCUCGCAACUUCUAAGUGGUGA